CGGAGAAACUCAGCUUUUCUAGAUUAUGAUAAGCUGGCUACUAAUCAGCUGCUUCUCAGAAUAUUAAGCUCUCUAAAUAUGCCGAUAGAGUACUGUACCGUAAUACAGACAUGCAUUUCACCGUACGUGCCUGCAGUAGCAGACAUGCACAUGUACAGAUGUACUAGCGCAGUUGCGCUACCUGCAUGCGUAUAUACGACCGUGUGCAUGCAUAUGCAUGGCCCGGGAAUCCACGGCGUCUCGUGAACGUGCCGACGCGAUUUGAUCUGAGCUUUGCCCAUGAGUCCGUGACAUAGCUAGCUAAUGGAGACAAAGCUAGCGCGCGAGCACAUGCACGUCACGGGCCGCGCUAACUUACCCCCACGCUAUAUAAGCCGACCGUAUAUAGCCAUCUUAGCUACGUACCACACAACGUACACACGACGAACCCCCACGACGCACUUAGCUAAGCUAGCGUAUAGUCUCUGAUCGAUCCGAUCUCCGACGACGACGACGACGAUGGCCGGUAAAGUAAGCGCGGUGGUGCUGGUGGCGUUGGUGGUGGUGGCGGCGGCGGCGGGCGGCGCGGCCGGGCUGUCGAUGUGCGGCGUCGACCGGUCGGCCGUGGCGCUGUGCCGGUCGUACUGCACGGUGGGGAGCGCGGAGAAGGCGCCGACGAAGGAGUGCUGCAAGGCGGUGGCGAACGCCGACUUCCAGUGCCUCUGCGACCGCAGGGACAUGCUCCGCAACCUGGAGAACAUCGACGCCGACCGCGCCACGCAGAUCCCGUCCAAGUGCGGCGUCCCCGGGGCCUCCUCCAGCUGCAAGUAAUUUACAUUAGGUGAUCGAGAUGAUCACUCUAGCUAGCCAGCUGCAAAAUCACACUCUAGCUAGCUAGAUGAUCGAUGAUCGAUGAUCACUAGUGUGUUUCUAGUGGUUAAAUAAGUAUUGUUGGUUGGUUAAUUAGGGGGGGGCUAAGUAUGUGAUCGAUCGAUUGCUAGUAGUGGCCGUGUUAUGUCAGGCCAUCGUCGCGUCAGCUGGAUCUUAUUUUGUUCUGUUGUUUUGAGUAGUUCACGUUCUGAAUGUCGCCAGGCUAGCUGACAUGUGCUCGUGUUGCUCUUGCAUAUAUGCAUGGCGCAGUCUGCCUGUCUCUAUGUAUCAAUCUUGUGAUUCUCUUGUACGUCAUUGCUGUGUGUCUACCUUAAUCGUGUUCUCAUAAUAAAUUUUGCUGCUUGUUUUGAUCUAA